AUGUCUGAAAACGAAUCAAGUUUUGCUUGUUUCUUCGAUAUCGAUGGUGUUAUAACUAAAGGACCGAAUACCAUUCCUGCUGCUAAAUUGGCCAUAAAGAAAUUGGUUGAAUACAAUAUUCCUUAUGUAUUCGUUUCUAAUACUUGUAUGUUGGAAACAGAAAAAGCAGAACAGCUGUCGAAUAUGCUCGAAGUUCCAGUGCAUCCUAAACAAGUUGUAUUGGCUCACACACCCAUGCGUUGUUUAAGUGAUUUUCACAGUAAACAUGUUCUCGUAUGUGGACAAGGUGAUAUUGAAGAUAUUGCUCAAACUGUUGGUUUCAAAGAUACAACAACUAUUGAGAGAUUAUGUGCAGCCUUUCCCGAACUAGAUAUGGUCGAUCAUACACAUCGUACUAAAUUGUGUGAAAUGAUAAAAAAUGAAGGUCUUGUACACAGCAAAGAUUUUCAUCCGAUUGAUGCGGUUGUACUUCUUGGUGAACCUAUUAAUUGGGAAACAUCAUUGCAAAUUAUCACAGAUAUUCUCUUAACUCAUGGUAAUCCAAAUGAUACAGUAAAUCCUUCUUGGGCAGGUCCUCACAUACCGGUAAUUGCUUGUAAUAAAGAUCUGGUAUUCAAGGCUUUCGCAGAUUUACCACGUUUUGGACAUGGAGCUUUUUUGACGUGUCUUGAAGCAUUAUACAAUAAACUCAGCGGUAAUGAUUUAGUGUAUACGGCACUUGUUGGAAAACCAUACGAAAUUUCAUUUCAAUAUUCUGAAAUGAUGGCUAAUAAAUUAGCUCGUGCUAAACAUCUACCAAAAAUUGAACGGAUGUAUUUCGUUGGCGACAACCCGGAAGUGGAUAUUGUUGGUGCUAAUCUCUAUAAUGCUUUACUUAAGCGAGCUAAAUCAUCGAAUGAUAGUUUUACAGGAUGUGGACUUUUGGCUCAUCCACAUCUAUUAAGUGCUAAAUCAUGUGAAUCCAUUCUAGUAUGCACUGGUGUUUUUGAUCCAACGAUACAUCACAUCAACGUAAAACAACCAUGGGCAAUACCGACUACAAUCCAACCUGAUGUAUUAGGAGCUGUCAACUAUGUCUUAAGUAAAGAACAUAUUAUUUAA